AUGAACUCCUCCACUGCUUGUUCUCAUCAUCUGCUUAUCCAGCCAUUCUGGGAUUAUAUUAUAUAUGAGUUUGGUGACUUAGUGAGCACACCUUUUUUCCCAGUCAUCUUAGCAUUUUCAGGCUUCAUUUUCUUCAGUUUUCCAUUCACUAUUGUGGACCUGUUGGGAGAGAGGUGUAACUUCUUGUACCGAUACAAAAUCCAGAAGGACAAGCGUCCGACCAUGGAAAUGAUGGGCCGUUGUAUCUGGAGGGCUUUUUUUAACCAUUUGGUCUAUGUUCUUCCAACUAUACUUCUCAAUUGGUUUUGGUUCCCAUCUGCACCGUUGCCAGCAAAGGCACCUUCUGUGGAUACGUUCCUAGUGGAGGUCAUAGGGUGUCUCCUCUUGUUUGAUUUUCAAUACUUUAUAUGGCAUGUACUGCACCACAAGAAUCAUUGGCUCUACAAAAAAGUUCAUUCUAUUCACCACAAAUAUGUUGCCCCAUUUUCUUGGUCUAGUCAGAACCUUGGGGGUUAUGAACUGAUGACUUUGGGAUUUUGGAGCAGCACUAAUCCCGUCCGAUUAGGCUGUCAUCCUCUUACAUCGUGGACCUGCAACCUUGUCAGUAUCUGCAUGUCAGUGGAUGAUCAUAUAGGCUACAAUUUUCCUUGGUCACUUAGUAAUGUCCUGCCUUUUGACUUAUAUGGAGGUGCUGUAGCCCAUGACAUGCACCAUCAAAGGCCAGAUACAAAUUUUGCACCUUUUUUUGGUCAUUGGGACAUGAUUUUUGGAACUUCUAGUAAUAUAAUAAAUAGAGCACCUAAUGCAAGAGAAUAA